UUCUGUAGGGUGGAUGUUUGGUUGGUUUACAUUCACUCUCUUUUUUCAUUUUCUCGCUGUUUUUCAUUAUUUCUGUGGAGAGGAGAGGAGAGUACAGUCGAGAGCCAUAACGUUUAGCUAAGAAUAGCUUCUUUUUCUCCCAGUUUGACGACCCAUCCGGAAUUAGUGCCUUCACCGGAGUAGAAUAUAGUUUGACGGACCUGUCAUGGAUGGAUUCACGGAAGUUAAGACACGUGGAUGGUAAAAAUUCCCAUGUCACGUGUGUCUGUCACCGCCGUCGCCGCUUCUUCUUCCGCCAACUCUCCCUCCUCCUCCUCUUUGCCACCUUCCGUCCACCACCAAGGUCAUUGCAAGAGUAAGUGAAUUUCCCAAAACGAAAAAGAAAAGGAAACGAAGAAGCUGAAAAUCCAUAUUCGUUAGGAACGUAUGAUGCUUUAUGGCAAAUGAACUGGAGAUCGAGAGAACCAACGGAGCCUGGACCUUAUCCUGUGCGUGAAGGUGAACCGGAUUGCUCGUACUACAUUCGAACAGGCCUAUGCAGAUUCGGAAGUACUUGCCGAUUUAAUCACCCUCCUAAUAGGAAACUGGCUAUAGCCACGGCAAGGAUGAAAGGAGAGUACCCAGAAAGAAUAGGACAACCAGAAUGUCAGUAUUACUUGCAAACUGGAACCUGCAAGUUUGGAUCGACAUGCAAGUUUCAUCAUCCUAGAGACAAAGCUGGAAUUGCUGGAAAAGUUGCCUUGAAUGUUUUGGGUUAUCCACUUCGCCUGAAUGAGGUUGAAUGUGCCUAUUAUUUGAGAACUGGACAAUGCAAGUUUGGAAGCACUUGUAAAUUCCACCAUCCCCAGCCAUCCAACGUAAUGGUCUCUUUACGUGGUUCUGUCUAUCCUCCUAUCCAUUCUCCAACGACUCCUGGUCAACUAUCAUUUCCCUUCUCAAGAGCUUCUUUUGUUCCGAGUCCAAGAUGGCAAAGCCCUUCAAGUUAUGCACCAGUGAUUAUGCCUCAGGGAGUGAUCUCAGUUCCGGGAUGGAACCCUUACAGUGCUCAGCUGGUUUCUGUUUCAUCUUCAGAAAGCCAACAUCCAACAGCAGGAAAUGACCCACACCAGGAUGAAGCUGCAAGCAUGGGAUCUCAGUUUCGUUCUGGUUCUACACCUGUGGAUUAUUAUGCAUUGCAGAGAGAUAAUGAGUUUCCUGAGAGACCUGGCCAGCCAGAAUGCCAAUUCUAUAUGAAAACUGGGGACUGCAAAUUUGGUGCAGUCUGUAAAUUUCAUCAUCCCAGAGACAGGCUUAUCCCUAUUCCAGACUGUGUCUUAAGUCCAAUUGGGCUUCCUUUGAGACCAGGAGAGGCUGUGUGUCUUUUCUAUUCUAAAUAUGGAAUCUGCAAGUUUGGUCCAAGUUGCAAGUUUGACCACCCAAUGAGGGUUUACACAUACAAUCUUGCUGCAUCAUCAUCAGGGGAUGCACCAGAAGUUCGUCGUUUUUUGGCUUCAUCAUCAGGAACUGGUGUAUCAAGUUUGCCUGGGAAAGGGCUUGUGGAAGCAAGCUCUACAAAUAACAGAAGACUAUCUUAGUCUGAAGCAAGACAGAUACCCUCUGAUGAUGAUCAACAUUGACUCAGAAUGAUAAACUGAUUCUCCAAACACAAGUUUCAAUCUCUGGAGAAUAUAAAUUUCAGUUCAUGUACAUUCAUUCCCAUGGAUGGAGAUGUAUAGAGCUCAAUUUGAAGUGAAAUUUCAGCACUUCACUGCGUUGUAUAAAUCUGCAAAUAUGGUCACAUUUGGUGAAACUAAUAGAGAAGAUUUCAUCAAUCGUACAGAUAUGUGCUCUCAUCACUCUCUUAACCUGAAGUUUCCCAAUUUUGAUUAUUUUUUUUUUUUCCAUUUUUUUGUAAUUUGUUUAGAUUCGAAUUUUCGAACUCGAAAAAGUGAGUACAAUCUCUAUUCUCUAAUUU